CGCGUCGUUUCCUCACUCGGCUCACUGUGACCCAGUCGAAACGCAGUGUAUACAAGACACCGUUUCAUACGUCCAACAUGCUUCCCGGGCUACCGGUAGAAUUGCACGAACGCAUACUCGAACACCUCCAGGACGAGCGGCGAACCCUACGGAUGUGUAGCUUGACUUGCCGUGCAUGGGUUUUCUUCGCACAACGCCACCUUUUCCGCAAGGUCCGCAUCGAGAGGCGUCCUGACUCCUCCGCAUUCUUAGCGGUUUUGCAAGCAUCGACCACCGGAAUCGCAGACCAUGUCCGCGAGCUCAACUUGCUGGGCGUUCUCUUCACUACCAACGGUCUUCCCCCUCCCGAAUUGCAACAUAUCAUCCGCCUCCUCGUGAAUCUUGAGACCCUAUCUAUCGAAGCCGUCGAUUGGCCUCGCGCGAUGGACAUCAUGGAGUAUUCACGUAUCGCGUCGCAUUCCCUCAGCGACGCGGUUGCUUUCCUAUUUCCAGCGCCGACUCUCAAAGCCCUACGACUAUGGAAUGUUCACUUCGAAUCAGCCAAUGAUCUACUUCAUCUGCUCGUCGCCUUUCCUUCCCUGUCCAGUGUCCGACUGGUGAACGUGAGCUUGAACAACGUCCCGGAGAGGCUUGCUCAGAGUGAUGGUGAUGCACAUCGCCUUCGUAUCGAAGGUUUGUAUGUAGAAAAUUACACGACCGACGGCAUACUGGUGCUGUUCGUGGAUAGGCUGUUGAAGCCUCCCUUCGAGACGCAUCUCCGGAGGAUCGAUGGGACAUCGACUACCGCGUGGGUCCGUAUGAUGCCGGCGCGCCUGUUCUGCUAGAGGCGGUGCGUGUCUCAGUAGGCUCCUUGGAGUCAUG